AUGGCUGCUGUUGGUCUGCGGUUGACUACUCUUCCUAGGCCAUGUAUCUUUCUGCCCUUCCGACAUUUACGGUCCACUGCCGUCCUUUCAAAGUAUAAAAUUGUAUCUCCACCAGAGGAGCAGAAUACUUUGUCCGAAGGCUUGGAUACACUUGCCAGAAAGCUACUCCUUUCUGAAAUAGUUAAAGGUGAGGAAUUGAACUACGUCUCACAUGCGUAAAGGCUUUGGCAUCACCUUUGCGACACUUCUCAAAGAACCAGCAACUAUUAAUUAUCCUUUCGAGAAGGGGCCACUUAGUCCACGAUUUCGCGGUGAACAUGCACUACGUCGUUACCCCAGUGGGGAAGAACGCUGCAUCGCCUGCAAACUCUGUGAGGCUAUAUGCCCUGCUCAAGCAAUUACCAUUGAGGCUGAACCUAGAGAAGACGGUAGCAGGAGAACGACGCGCUAUGAUAUCGAUAUGACGAAGUGUAUUUACUGUGGCUUUUGUCAGGAGGCCUGUCCGGUGGACGCCAUCGUCGAGGUGAGUUUUAAAUCGCACUUCACUUUGAAUCCUUGUUACGUAGGAAAGUGUUUGCAUUCUCACUGCGUCAUCCAGUUACAAACAUUGUUUUCUUGUCUUCCUCUUUUGCUUCCCAACGAACGACACUAGGUCCUGUUUAGUUUCUGAAUCACUAUAGUGAUUUCACAAAUUACUAGACGAACGACUCGAGGUUAAGUGCCCGGGACACAUUUUACGAUCAGCUCGAAAUUUUAUGGAACAGUUGAGUCUAAAGUACAUUUUAACUUGCAAGUAAAUACUCCACGUCUGACGCUUCUGAGGCUGUUUAUUAAAUACUCAUGUUACCUGUCAUUACUGACUUGGUCUUUUUAUUUGACGUACCUCGUGCUUUUAACCGGACUGGUUAAAGUCAGCGACCUUCUGUAUGCCGUGGGAAGCAAGGAUGCCCGUCAUUGUGACAUUAGAGCUUGCGCUCGUACGUUACAUGUUGUUCCUUUUACGGUCACCCGGACACUGGUUAUAACACUAACGUAAAGAGCAGAAGCUGUCUGCACUUGGGUCGCCGCUUUGACGAUAUAUUUCUUGGUUAGAAGAAUCACUCAUCUAAACUGUCCACUUGGACGAAAGAAAACAGGCAACCGUCCGUCGUGGAUAAACCGGAAACCAAAAAUAAGGUGCGGCAGACUGGCAGUCCCAUCAGUUGUGGAAGUGCAUUGACCGGUCCACCCACACUGCGCAGACAGACAAAAUAGCCGGCGCCGGCAACCUCCCGGAACACCGAUCCUGUCGCCAAGAGGAAUGGCAGGCCCAUUAUUUCGCAGUGAGCCUUGCGUCCUACAGACGCGCCAGGCGCGCAUACACAUCGAUCAACUGAAUCCUCUAGGCUCGCAGUCUGACGCCACCUGUUUACCUCUAUGCGGUUUCCCAUACUGUUUACUUUCUCUUUUCCAAGUACUUUUUAACUUUCUUUCGCGGUACCCAUUCACUUACGAACUGUUUCCCCCACAACUCUGCUUACGAAUGUUUGAUACAAGUAUUAAUUAGCUUAGUCUUUUGGGAUUCUGCUGCGUCUCCUGAGUGCUAAACGUAUUCCCCGCGUCUCGGUCGAGUUUUUUUUUAUCUGACGUCAGUCACACACGUCAGCUUUCUUUGCUGAAAGAAAUGAUGUCCUCGAAAAUAUCCCCAUCUGAUAUCUUGUCGCUGGAGUAUCAUUCGGCUGAGGUGUUCGGCUGGUGAGGUGUCGUAUCUCUCGGCAUGUAGUCUUCGAUAAAAUUUAAUGUAGAUGGUAGGACAUGCAGUCCUCCGAACGCCGUUCGUCAUCGUAAGUAUGCCGACCUGAUCUUAGUUCGUAAAUUAAUCCUUUCGAGAAUGAUACCUCAAGACAUGAGCUCGCUCCAAAGGUAGCUUUCGUCUACCUGGAUGUAGGACCUCGCCCUGUCAUAGGCGAGGCGGCUUUUUGACUUCUAUCCACAGUUUAUCCUGAAAAGGUGCUCGCUGAACGGCGCAAAUACCUAGAGCAUGGCCUUGGAACAAGGAAACACAGUAACAACAGUUCGUA